UGAUAAAAAAAAGUGAGUGCCUGAUUAGAAUGUCUAAUUUAAUAUUUAAAAAUUCAGUCAUCAGACAGACAAAAAUAUACUUAUGUGCAAAUUCUGUUAUUUCACCAUGAAUCUCAUUAAACCAAUAUUUACUGUAUGUUAGAACAGGGUAAAGUACUUCCAGUGACAAAAUAUAAUAUUUACUAUAUAUUUUUUUUUAUCCUAAAGUUAUUCAGAAGAUAGAAAAUAACAACAAAGCUUAUAUAAAAACAAGAUGUCUCCUGCAUUUUUUCGUUCAGUAAAGUUACUCUGUGGGUAGAAAUCCAAAACUUCUGGUCAUGUAAAAUGAGCUAUAGCUCAUUAUAUUAAAAGAUACAGUGCAUAAAAAGUAGAUUUUUCCCAAUAAACAACUCAAGUAAUUGUAAGUGGUUAUAGGGAGACGCUGACAUGGCAGAGCGGGAGGCAGGCAUGGAGGAGGACGCAGGAAAUCCACCGGCCAGAGAUGGCGAUGACGGAGAGGACGAGGCUUUUUGGGGUGGCAGGAGGCUUUUCAGGGUGGUGGACAGGCGGGACGAGGACGAACAGCCGGUGGACGAGGACGACGAGGAGGCGCCAGAGUCUUUUGAGCUGGACUCUCCGGCAGAGCGCAGCGGCCACAUCGCUGUCGUUGAUAGAAAUAUCAUGUAUGUGUGGGGCGGAUAUAAGAAUGGCCAAAAUCAUGGAUUCUUUGAUUUAUACCUGCCCAGAAAUGAGGUGUGGACCUACAACAUGGAGUCAGGAGUUUGGAUGAAGCAUGUCGCCGGAGGGAACCUGCACACGUCCAUGUCCGGCAGCUGCGGGACGUGUCUGGAUGGGGUCCUCUACCUGUUCGGGGGGCAUCAUGCCAGAGGAAACACAAACAGGAUCUACCGUCUGCCUCUGAGGGCGCCCAGCCUGGUGUGGGAGGAAAUGAGGGACCUGAAAGGACUUCCUCCGUCCCCCAAGGACAAGCUGGGAUGCUGGGUCCACAAGAACAGACUGAUUUUUUUCGGUGGGUACGGCUACACUCCGCAGGGAUCUCAUCGAGGGACUUUUGAGACCGAUGAAACGUCUUCUCUUAAUUGGGACAAUCCUGAACGAGGCUGGAACAACCACAUCCAUGUCCUGGACCUGGACACUUCAGCAUGGAGUCAACCCAUCACUCAGGGGAACACGCCGUCCCCCAGAGCAGCUCACACGUGUGCCACGGUGGGAAACCGCGGUUACGUGUUCGGAGGGCGAUUCAAGAAUUACAGACUGAAUGAUUUAUACUACAUCAACCUGGAGACGUGGGAGUGGCAUGAAAUGAGCGUUCCUCAGCAUCCUGUGGGCCGGUCCUGGCAUUCCUUCACUCCAGUUUCACCAGAUCACAUCUUCCUGUUUGGAGGUUUCACCACAGAGAGAGAAACACUCAGUGACGCGUGGUUGUACUGCGUCAGCAAGAACGACUGGAAGCCGUUCAAGCACAGCUACAUGCAGAGCCCCAGGCUGUGGCACACGGCGUGCUCCGGGCCGGACGGUGAGGUGUUUGUGUUCGGAGGCUGCGCCAACAACCUGUUGUCUCAUCAGAGAGCUGCUCACAGCAACGAGCUGCUGAUUUUUAACGUCCAGCCCAAAUCGUUAGUCGGGUUCUGCAUGGAGGCGGUUCUGCAGCACCGGGAGCGGCUGUCCUCUCACUGGGACUGCCUGCCCAAACACCUGCUGCACAGCCUGAAGCAGAGGAUGACCCGGGUCAACACGCUGGGCUCCUAGAACCAGGCAGAACCCACCAGCUAGCUCUGCUGGAGCGCUAACGUGUGAAAACAUGAAUUAAAAAGACAAGAAGAAAGAAAGUUUUCUAUUUCUGAUGACGCGCCCAGUUAUUUUCCUGCACAGCCAGGAGAACAUCUGGAAUCUCACCAGAACUUUUGGAAACGGGCUGACCACAAGGCCGACCAAUCAGGAUGGCCCUCAGAAUCGACCCGCUUUUCUGCCCGGCAACAGCUGGCCUCAGAGGCAGCUGCAGCUGAAAAACAGAUGUUUAAAGAUGAGGACAGGAAAAAACAAACUGGUUUAAAGUUCAGUUCUGGUUCUGAGGUCAGCUUUUCAUUUUGUAAGUCCACACACAGCUGACUGUUAGGGCCAGACAAAGAGAUUUAUUUAUUUUUUUUAAGUAUGAGGGUGAAGUUAUAAGAUUACCAAAAGAAAGUCGUAAAAUUACUAGAAAAAGGUUGAAAAAGGUUUGUUGUCCAGAUCAGUUUGUGAUUCUGGUUUUCACAAUCGUCUCAACGUUCUGCUACUGAUAAAACUUUUUACUUCAUUUGUAAAACUGAUGAAGUAUAACUUCACAAGAUGCUCAAUAUUCUUCAUUUUAAUUUAUUUUU